AUGCGUGGAUUCAUUGUCUUGUGUUUAAGCGCCGUGGCUUUGGCCGCACCGCAGGGCUACAAUUAUAAUCCUGGCCCAUCCGCUGUGGCCGCCGGCCUGAGCAGCGCCAGCGGCAGCGGCGCCAGCUUCUUCCAGGCUGCUCAGGUGCAGCAGCAGCACUAUCAGCAGCCCCAGCAGCAGCAGCAGCAGGCCUUCUUCCAGCAGCAGCCCGUGGUGCAUCAUCAGCAGCAGCAGCAGCACGUGGAGCAGCAUCAGCAGCCCAUCGUCUCUAAGCGCUUCUUUAUCCACUCGGCGCCCGAGGAUGUGGAUGAGGAGUACAAGGAGCGUCAUAUUACUGUGGGCGUGCCCAAGCGCAACUACAAUGUGGUGUUCAUUAAGUCGCCGCAGCGCUCCAACAAGAAGACCUCCAUCAAGAUCAGCCCCGCCGUCAACGAGGACAAGACCGUCAUCUAUGUGCUCAGCAAGAAGACGGACGCCUCCGAUGUGCAGGCCGAGGUUGUUGAGCAGGCCAGCUCCACCAGCAAGCCGGAGGUGUUCUUCAUCAAGUACAAGACCAACGAGGAGGCCGCCCAUGCCCAACAACAGAUCCAAUCCCAGUACGAUGCGCUCGGCGGCAGCAGCCAGCUCACCGAUGAGGGCGUGGCACCUGUCACCUCUGUCAUUGGCGCUCUCGGCGGCGGAGAUGCCGCUGGCGUCGCUGUCGGCGGCACAGGCAUUGGCGGCGGCGCCUCCUCGCACACCUCCGCCGUCGGCGGCGUCGGCCAGGUGAUCUCGCAUCAGACAAGCAAUGCCUAUCUGCCACCCAGUUUCUAA